AUCAUCGUUGGUGAUGACCGCUCGCUUAUGUUCCUUGUGCCUUCUUUUUCUGGGAGCGUCAGCAGUCGGCAGGCAGCCUGUCUUCACUCCUGCAGCUCGCGAUGCGCUUUAUCAGGGAGCUCUUUCGCUUACCAUGCGCAUAUCGCAGCAUGAAGCUGCACCAGCAAACGGGAGCUCGCUGUUUUCUCCUCUGGCCGUUGCAUUGUCCUUCGCCAUCGUUCUUGAAGGAGCCGUCGGUGCUACUAUUGACGACAUCCUAGCUGCAUUGCAUUGGGACCUCUUACGCGACGCUGACGUUCGCUACGUAAUGGCGCACACUUUAGUACGUCUAUCCAAACUGAGUCCCACGCUGAUUGUCGAGGGUGGCGUAUUUGUUCAGAGGGACUUUGGAGUGAACCAAGUCUACAGAGACGAUCUGGAGAAGUAUUACGGUGCGGAUGUCGUACUCACCAACUUCCUGGAUCGCAAGUCUGCGUUAGCGACCAUCAACGCUUGGACCUGUAGGAUGACGUCAAGGGUGAUCGUGAAGUUGGUAGAAGAUGUUCAAAUGGAAGAUCGUUUCCUAGCUGCCGCCGUGCUCACUCUCGUGGUAACCAUGGGCACCGCACAGACUGAAGGGUCGAUCAUACGGACAAGCGGACAUUAUGGCUUCGGCGAGUUUCCGGAACGUGGGCUGAAGAUGCUGCAGGUACCCUCAGGAAAUGUUAGCCUGCUCCUGCUGUUGCCGCUAGGAAGAUCAAAUGUGAGUGGUCUGAGGGGCGCCUUCGCCAACCAGCCUCAGCUGCUAUGGGAGCUCCAGGGGCAGUUGAAAGACACGCCUGUUGAUCUCACUAUACCGCGUUUCAAGGUGAUCGCCACCUACAGCUAUAAGUCCUCUUUGACUGGACAUAGAUUCCUGUCGGAUCGCUUCCGUACCAAUCUGGCGACAGUGAGCAAGCACGGACGCGUUCAUCUGUCCAAUAUGGUAAAUGCCGCAUCGCUCGAAGUGGUUGGAGGCGUACCGACGACUGAUCCACAGACGCUGCUUCAGUUAAAGAGCAAAGAAACGCUACCCCACCAAUUCCACGCAGAGAACAGCCUUUUCUAUUUUGUUCUGGACCGUUCGGAAAACAUACCACUGUUGAUGGGACACUUGAACUGAGCUGUGUAGUUUGCAUUGUUUAAUUGUUUAUGAGGAAUUACUCUUUCCUCGUUCACGUCGAAAUCGAAUCGAAAUAUUGUAGGCUUCUGGGGCA